AUGUUAAACCGGUUCCGUGCUCUGCUCACUAGAUAACCGAGUCGGUGUUUAGACCCUCUGUUGUUUACGGUGUUUCUCCAGGGUUCUUCGGCUCAGACUCAAACAGGACAGAUCAGUGAGCUGCACUUAUCACCUGAGACCUGUCUGCGGCGUGUCGAAAGAGAACAUUGAGCAAGACGCUGAUAAUUGAGUCCUUCUUAAGAAACGCUGAUUUAUUUGUUUUCCCGCCGAGGACGCGUUCGUGUUUACAACGAGACGCACGUGCCACUGAUUUAGUUCCCGAGCGGUACAGUGACAGUCACAUCAGGGAAGUAGUUGUGUAAUUGAAUCGAAUCUCGAGAUGGAGGGGGAGUGUGUGUACAAAAAGGGUUUAUAAAGAUAUUCAAUGUUUAAGCUGCUGCACAUUUUAAUUCAGUCUCGACGCGCGCGGCACUUUACGGUUAAACGUGCGCCGUCCAUCUGAACCCCAAGCUUUGAAAUAAUAGAACGAAAGCUGCACGCUUCACUACGACACGCUUUCCUUCCUGCGAGCUCCCGCGCGUCUCCUAACCAACACCACCAAUGCUUUCUGAACUUCAGGUAACGCACUCCGGUGUACCGUGCGCGAAAAGAGGCCGACAGUGACGCUGCGUGCAGGAGACGAGGAAGCUCAGCCUCUCCGGGUCCCGCAGACCGACAGAUGCGUGUCCUAAUGAUGUUGGCAUAUUCACACGACAGCGAGCGAUCCAGCGCUGCUUGGCGGCAGCGAGCGACUUCUCCGACACCUUUUUAUAAGUCUGAAGUCUUUCCCCUCCACCCGACCUGUUAAAACCACGCCUACGGAGCGACACAAUUGGUCCGAAAGCGUCAAAGAGCCAAUCAACAGCGGGCUGCUGCUCAAAACACGCAACACAUCCGCGCCGCAGAAGCCUAUGGAGUUCAGAAGCGCUGGGAAUAUCUCCGUGCUGGACCCUCGCGCUGAAAUGUGUGUGCGGGAGAGAAAGUGUGCGUGCGAGCGUGUGAAGGUGUAUACCUCCGACAAGUAAAGACAGAGGAAUUAUUCCGACGCAGCGAAAUAUUUCAACACAUCUCUUUGGCAGGACUCGGGACGAUCUCAUUAUCAGCGGAAUGUCUGUUUCGCAGACACCCCAAGGACCCGGACGCGCGCCGCGAGCUGACGCGCAGUGACUCGGUCGUUUCUUUUAUUUUGAUUUUGCCAAAAGACGAGCCGCGGCGAUUCAUGGAUGGCCGCUUCUCACUUUCUCUUUUAGACACUUUGCUGGAAUCCAGCUAAAGACGCAAUUAAAGAGACUCACGCGUCGCGGGGACGCCGGACUCGGUGGAGGACUUUCAGCCGAUCGCACGUCGAUUUAAGGAACACCGCGUCUGCUGGCUGGACCUGCAUGAGCUUCCCGAUGAGAGAUCCAGUUCUUCAAGGAUCCAGUAUGGCAUAUCACCCGUUUUUACCUCACCGGGGUCCGGAAUUUGCCAUGAGCGCAAUGCUGGGUCACCAGCCGCCCUUCUUCCCGGCCCUGGCUCUGCCGCCGAACGGCUCGCUGUCUCUGCCCGGGGCGCUGGGCAAACCGAUCAUGGAGCAGCUAAUGGGCGCCGCGGAGACCGGCCUUCACUUCUCCUCUCUGGGACACCAAGCCGCCGCCGCGCACCUCCGGCCCCUGAAGACCCUGGAGCCCGAGGAGGAGGUCGAAGACGACCCGAAAGUUCACCUCGAAGCCAAGGAACUCUGGGAGCUUUUCCACAAGCGCGGCACAGAGAUGGUCAUCACCAAAUCUGGAAGGAGAAUGUUCCCUCCGUUUAAAGUCAGAUGCACGGGUUUGGAUAAAAAGGCCAAAUAUAUUCUGUUGAUGGAUAUCGUUGCUGCUGAUGACUGCAGGUAUAAGUUUCAUAACUCUCGCUGGAUGGUGGCGGGAAAGGCUGACCCUGAAAUGCCCAAACGGAUGUACAUUCACCCCGACAGUCCGGCCACCGGCGAGCAGUGGAUGUCUAAAGUCGUCAAUUUUCACAAACUUAAACUGACAAAUAACAUCUCUGACAAGCACGGAUUUGUAAGUACGAUACUGAACUCCAUGCACAAAUACCAGCCCAGAUUUCACAUCGUGAGAGCCAACGACAUCCUGAAGCUCCCGUACAGCACGUUCAGGACCUACGUGUUCCCGGAGACGGACUUCAUCGCUGUCACUGCCUACCAGAACGACAAGAUAACUCAGCUGAAAAUCGAUCACAAUCCCUUUGCGAAAGGAUUCCGUGACACUGGAAAUGGGAGACGAGAGAAAAGAAAACAGCUGGCUCUGCAGUCCAUGCGUUCUUAUGAAGAGCAGCAGAAAAAAGAAAACGGAACGUCAGAUGAUUCUUCUGGAGAACAAGCGUCCUUCAAAUGCUUUCGACAGGCUUCGUCUCCUGCGGUCUCAACCGUGGGACAGAAUAACUUAAAAGAUUUUUGCGACAGCGAUGAAGAUAGCGAAGACGAAGACAAAGACGGAAACGUGAAAGAGGGGCCCGACUCGAGCAAAAUCUCCACCACGACCGAGGACUCCAAGGAGCACGACGCGACUUUAAGCAAAAGCCUGUUCGGGGAGAGGAGAACUGAAAAGAGCCGGGACCCCAGACAGAGUCCCAUCACCCUGAUCUCCAGCACCACCCGCUCCGGAGAGGAGCUCAAGAGCCCGGAUCAGAGCAAACCCGACGACAGCCGGACAGGGAGCAAAGAAAACUACAUGCCUUUGACUGUGCAAACAGACGGCGCUGCGCACUUAAAUCAAAACCACUUGCACAAUUUCGGAUUUCCGCCGGGUCUGGCCGGCCAGCAGUUUUUCAAUCACUUGGGUGGCGCCCAUCCGUUCCUCCUGCACCCCGGUCAGUUCAACAUGGGAGGCGCUUUCUCGAACAUGGCCGCGGGGAUGGGCCCGAUCCUGGCGGCCGUUUCCUCCGGAGGGGUCAGCUCGAUGGACGCGAGCAGCAUGCCGUCGCCCUCGCAAAGCCUGACGGGAGCUCCGCUGCCCUUCCACCUUCAGCAGCACGUCCUGGCGUCUCAGGGUCUGGCCAUGUCCCCGUUCGGAGGGCUCUUCCCGUACCCGUACACGUACAUGGCCGCCGCCGCAGCCGCUUCAUCCGCCGCCUCCUCAUCGGUUCACCGCCAUCCGUUUCUGAACGCGGUGCGGCCCCGGUUACGGUACAGCCCUUACUCUUUACCGAGCGUCCCCGACAGCACUUUGCUCACGACGGCCGUCCCGUCCAUGACGAGCGGCGCCGUGGAUCUGAAGGGAGACGCCUCGGCGGCUAUGGACUCCGAGAUGACCGGCCGCUCGUCCGGUUCGGUGUCGCUGUCUCCUAAACCGUGCUCCGAGAAGGACUCCAGCAGCGAGUUACAGAGCAUCCAGCGCCUGGUCAGCGGCCUCGAGUCCAAGCCGGACCGGGCGCGCAGCGUGUCUCCGUAGACCCCGGUUUACAGCACGGACCCGACCGGAGGAACGAUCAGACUCGAAAUGCACUUUGGUAAAAAACAAACAAACAAAAAAAAAAAAUCAGCGCGUAGAUGUAUGUUGUUCUUUUGUUAAAUUAAAACAGUGAUUUUUUUCCCCCCUACUAUGAAUACCAGAGAAGUAUUGAAGAGUUCGGCGAUGAUGUGAAUAAAGCUGCUGCUGCUCUUUUUGUUCUUCUUCAGGUGACAGUCAUUUAAUUUAAAACGCGCUCCGAAUCGGUUCUUGCUUUAUUUGAAAACGUAUAAAUGAUUGAGUUGGUGUCCGGAGGAGCACUGCAUGUCGAAGAUUAGACUUGAUCCAGACUGCUUCUGUUUCUUCUUUUAAGUUAAUGCUUUCUUCUGUAGACUCUAAGAUUCACCAACAGUACAAUCUAAACUGCAGAUGUUUGCAAUGUGACGGAGAAAACACUUUCUUUAUAUAUAUAUAUAUAUAUAUAUAUAUAUAUAUAUAUAUAUAUAUAUAUAUAUAUAUAUAUAUAUAUAUAUAUAUAUAUAUAUAUGGUUGUCGACGUUCUUAUGGUGUGGCAUAAAAAGAAAAGAAAGAAAGAAAGAUAAACCUUCAAUAUUAAAGCUCUCUCGUGUUAUUUCUAUCUCUAAAAUGAAGAUACUCUUUUUUUUUUUUUCUCAUGUAUUUUGUGUUUUUCACAUCAUCCACACCACGGUUCGGGUUUAAUUCGUCAGCUGCCCACAUCUCUGGGGUUUUUUCUAUUUAUAUUUAUGAAUAUGAGAAAUGAGGAAAGACACAGACCACUGAUUAGUCGAUGAACAGACGCGGUACUAAAAGAUACUUAUAAAACACAGCUUGGAGAUGAACCGGGAAGGAUCAUAUGGUUAGAAUAAAUACUAAUGUAAAUAACGAUAUAUAUAUAUAUAUAACAUAUUUAUGUAAUUAUUUCAUAUGAAUAUUGCUUGUAAAUACAACCGAGGUUGUUUGUUUGUUUAUUUGUUUGUUUGUUUGUUUGAGGGAGCUUCACUUAAUUUAUUCUUGACGUGUGUGAAAUAGUUUGUGAGCCUUUCCUUGUUCCUCGCGUCUCCUCCGCGUCUGUAACUGAUCUAGUUUCUCUAGCAGACAACAAUCAUGUGCCAUCGUUUUCAUCAACUGUUGUGUGUUUAAGUGCUUUGGUUCAAACUAAUUAAAAACGAUAACACAA